AUGGAGGCAGCGCGCACCGAGCGCCCCGCAGGCUGGCCCGGGGCGCCUCUCGCCCGGACGGGGCUCCUGCUCCUGUCGACGUGGGUCCUGGCCGGCGCCGAGAUCACUUGGGGCGCGACGGGCGGUCCUGGGCGCCCCGCGGCCCCGGCUUCGCGGCCGCCGGCGCUGCUUCCUCUCUUCCCGCGGGCUGUGGCAAGCCAGUGGCCGGAGGAGCUGGCGACGGCUCGGAGAGGCGCCGCGCUGGGGCGCCGGCCCGGACCUGAGCCGCUGUCCCGGCCAGGCGGUGGCAGCGGCGGAAAGAAGCAGGGAGAAGGCGGGGUGCUGUCGCCUGCAGGCGCGCGGUGGGGACAAGGCACCCCGGCUCCAGGCAAGCCUGCCGGCGCAAGGAGGAGUCGCCGGGCGCAGCCCCCCAGUACCCUGGAACGCGGGGACGCCCGGGCCACUGCCUUGUCCGAUGGUUCCAAAGGAAGCCGCCCUGCGGCCAAGGGUCUCCGGGAGGAGGGGAAGGCGCCGCGGGCCGGGGGAGCUGCGGCCGAAGAGCUCCGGCUGCCCAGCACCUCGUUCGCGCUGACCGGGGACUCGGCCCACAAUCAAGCCAUGGUGCACUGGUCGGGACACAACAGCAGCGUUAUACUUAUCCUGACGAAGCUGUAUGACUUCAACCUGGGGAGCGUGACUGAGAGCUCAUUGUGGAGGUCAACAGAUUAUGGAACCACCUAUGAAAAGCUGAAUGACAAAGUAGGUUUGAAGACUGUCCUCAGUUAUCUGUACGUCAAUCCCACCAACAAAAGGAAGAUCAUGCUUCUUAGUGAUCCUGAAAUGGAGAGCAGUUUAUUGAUCAGCUCAGAUGAGGGGGCCACCUAUCAGAAGUACCGGCUCACCUUCUACAUCCAGAGCCUGCUCUUCCAUCCCAAGCAGGAAGACUGGGUGCUGGCCUACAGUCUGGAUCAAAAGCUUUACAGCUCCAUGGACUUUGGAAGACGGUGGCAGCUCAUGCAUGAACGCAUCACACCCAACAGGUUUUACUGGUCGGUGGCCGGAUUGGAUAAGGAGGCGGACCUGGUGCACAUGGAGGUGCGGACUGCGGAUGGAUAUGCUCACUACCUCACCUGCAGGAUACAGGAAUGUGCUGAGACCACUCGCAGUGGGCCUUUUGUCCGCUCCAUUGACAUCAGUUCCCUGGUUGUUCAGGAUGAAUAUAUCUUCAUUCAGGUAACAACUGGUGGAAGAGCCAGCUACUACGUGUCCUAUCGAAGAGAGGCCUUCGCCCAAAUAAAGCUGCCCAAGUACUCACUGCCCAAGGACAUGCACAUCAUCAGUACCAAUGAGAACCAAGUGUUUGCAGCAGUCCAAGAAUGGAACCAGAAUGACACGUACAACCUCUACAUCUCAGACACGCGUGGCAUCUACUUCACCCUGGCCAUGGAGAACAUUAAGAGUAGCCGAGGUCUAAUGGGAAACAUUAUUAUUGAAUUGUAUGAGGUAGCAGGUAUCAAAGGGAUAUUCUUGGCAAACAAGAAGGUGGAUGACCAGGUGAAGACAUACAUCACUUACAACAAGGGCAGAGACUGGCGCCUACUUCAAGCUCCAGAUGUGGACCUCAGAGGAAGUCCAGUACACUGCCUGCUGCCCUUCUGCUCCUUACACCUACACUUGCAGAUCUCUGAAAAUCCGUAUUCCUCGGGAAGAAUCUCUAGCAAAGAGACAGCCGCGGGGCUUGUGGUGGCUACAGGCAACAUUGGCCCGGAGCUCUCAUAUACUGAUAUUGGUGUGUUCAUCUCUUCUGAUGGGGGCAACACAUGGAGACAGAUCUUUGAUGAAGAGUACAAUGUCUGGUUCCUAGACUGGGGUGGCGCCCUGGUGGCCAUGAAACACACACCUCUGCCAGUCAGGCAUUUGUGGGUGAGUUUUGACGAAGGCCACUCCUGGGACAAGUAUGGUUUCACUUCGGUUCCUCUCUUUGUUGACGGGGCUCUGGUGGAGGCGGGAGUGGAGACCCAAAUCAUGACAGUUUUUGGCCACUUCAGCCUCCGUUCUGAAUGGCAGUUGGUGAAAGUGGACUACAAAUCUAUCUUCAGCCGGCGCUGCACCAAGGAGGACUAUCAGACCUGGCACCUGCUCAAUCAGGGGGAGCCUUGUGUUAUGGGAGAAAGGAAAAUAUUCAAGAAACGCAAGCCAGGAGCUCAGUGUGCCCUGGGUCGAGAAUCCUCAGGGACAGUGAUUUCAGAACCCUGUGUCUGUGCUGACUGGGACUUUGAAUGUGACUAUGGCUAUGAGAGACACGGAGAGAGCCAGUGUGUCCCAGCUUUCUGGUACAACCCAGCAUCUCCAUCAAAGGACUGCAGCCUUGGUCAAAGCUACCUUAACAGCACUGGGUACCGAAGAAUUGUAUCUAACAACUGCACGGACGGGCUGAGGGAGAAGUACAUGGCCAAGGCCCAGAUGUGUCCUGGAAAAGCUCCUCGAGGCCUCCAUGUGGUGACAACAGACGGGCGCCUGGUAGCAGAGCAGGGGCAUAAUGCGACUUUCAUCAUUCUCAUGGAGGAGGGUGAUCUCCAAAGGACAAACAUCCAGCUUGACUUUGGGGAUGGGAUUGCCGUGUCCUAUGCUAACUUCAGCCCCAUCGAGGAUGGCAUCAAGCACGUGUACAAGAGUGCGGGGAUCUUCCAGGUGACGGCCUAUGCAGAGAACAACCUGGGCUCAGACACAGCUGUCCUCUUCCUGCAUGUGGUUUGUCCCGUGGAGCAUGUUCAUCUCCGAGUUCCAUUUGUCGCCAUAAGAAAUAAGGAGGUCAACAUCAGUGCAGUUGUGUGGCCCAGUCAACUGGGGACCCUCACCUAUUUCUGGUGGUUCGGCAAUAGCACAAAGCCCCUCAUCACCCUGGAUAGCAGCAUUUCUUUCACCUUCCUGGUGGAGGGAACCAACACCAUCACUGUGCAGGUGGCUUCUGGGAAUGCCCUUAUUCAGGACACAAAAGAUAUCGCUGUUCAUGAAUACUUCCAGUCCCAACUCUUGUCAUUCUCUCCAAACCUGGAUUACCACAACCCUGACAUUCCUGAGUGGAGGCAAGAUAUUGGUAAUGUCAUCAAGAGAGCUCUGGUUAAAGUAACCAGCGUCCCAGAAGACCAGAUCCUGGUUGCUGUGUUUCCUGGUCUCCCCACUUCGGCAGAACUCUUCAUCCUUCCCCCCAAGAACUUGACAGAAAGGAGGAAAGGCAACGAAGAGGACCUGGAACAAAUUGUGGAGAUGCUGUUUAAUGCUCUGAACCAAAACUUGGUUCAGUUUGAGCUAAAACCAGGGGUUCAAGUCAUUGUGUAUGUCACACAGCUGACAUUAGCUCCAUUGGUGGACUCCAGUGCUGGGCACAGCAGCUCGGCCAUGCUGAUGCUCUUGUCGGUGGUAUUCGUCGGCCUGGCCGUGUUUUUGAUCUACAAGUUUAAAAGGAAAAUCCCCUGGAUUAACAUCUAUGCUCAAGUCCAACACGACAAGGAGCAGGAGAUGAUUGGGUCAGUGAGCCAAAGUGAAAACGCCCCCAAAAUCACACUCAGUGACUUCACCGAGCCCGAGGAACUGCUGGACAAAGAGCUGGACACCCGGGUCAUAGGAGGGAUUGCCACCAUUGCAAACAGCGAAAGCACAAAGGAGAUCCCCAACUGCACUAGUGUUUAAUACCAACAAGCCACAUGGUCAACCAUCUUUCUGACUUUAUUUUUGAUGAUUACUAUUACUAUUGUUAUGGGAAAAUGAAAAUGUCUUUUUUACCUUUUGUUUACCAAGGGCCCCUUCAUGAAGAGCAGGCAGAUGCUUAUUAGCUUUGGGAGGCAAAGGCAUUCUUAGCCAAUUAAAUGAGACAAAAAAAACGAAAUUGCUAUAUUUGUGCUGAGGGCAAAGGAUGCAUCUUCCCGUGGCCUCCUUGCUUUAUUCUGCCACUGACAGUGUGAGGACUCUUUCUCCUUGUGGUCUCCUUUGUUGUUUGUUUGUUUGUUUUGGUUUUUUAAUUUUUUUUAUGUCGGGUUGGCUUUUCAUUAACCUCCCAUGUCCCGUCUUUCCCCCCUACCCCCACAAUCACCAACACCCUCCCCCCCCAGCACACACACCUACAACACAAACCAUUUCCCAGUUAGAUCUGCAGGAGGUGGGUUGGUGGGGAGUGAAAGUAGCUGCAGAAAGCAUGCACACCUUUAUGAAGGAGGCCCUGCCUCGUGCAUGUCGAUAGCGAGGCUACAGGUGGCUUAUUGUACAUAAUUACAAUGUAAAUAGCUUUUUAUUUCCUAAGAAAUAAUUUAAUGUUUAGUAAAAAAGAAAACUGAAAAAAGAAAGAUGCGUGUGUCGGCUUAUGCACUCACCCUCAGAGCUGACCAACCCCCAGGCCUGCUAGAUGUGUUGGGUUCUGGACGCUCUUCAGUUGUCUGUCACACUUAACUCUUGCAUCUCUGUGUCCAUGCCAUGGCUGGUUUCUACAUGUGUAUA